AUGGCAUCUAAUCUAUCUUCCCACGGCUCUGAGAGGCCAGAUCCUCUUCGCUCCAGCAGGCCGUCAUCUACAUUGUCAGAAAAUGAGACAGAUAAGAAGUUUGCUCUGGGACGCAGGGGCAUCCUCGUCGUCUUUACAUUGUGUAUACUUACACUGAUGGCGGCUCUCGAUGGAACUUCGCUAUCCGUCGCAUUGCCAACCAUAGCGCAAGACCUCAAUGGAACAGCCAUCGAAGCAUUCUGGAGCGGUACUUCAUUCCUACUAAGCUCAACAGUAUUCCAACCUAGCUUCGCCUCUCUAUCCAACACCUUCGGCCGCAGACCAAUGGUCCUCAUCGCCAUAGUCUUCUUCUGCGUCGGUGCCAUCAUUUGCGCAGUUGGAAACGAUUUCACGUACAUGCUAGUAGGCCGAUCCAUCCAAGGCGUCGGCGGCGGUGGAAUUAUCGCGCUGAGCGAAGUCAUCGUCACCGACCUAAUUCCACUGCGCUUGCGCGGUCAAUACUUUGGUAUUUUGAGCGCUAUGUGGAGUAUCGGGUCGGUGACGGGCCCUAUUCUUGGUGGUGGGUUUGCGGAGAGUGUUACCUGGCGAUGGAUCUUUUACAUCAACUUCCCCUUCAUUGGGAUCGGCGCUCUCUUUGUUAUAAUUUUUCUGAACCUCAAUACCAUCCCUACCUCGCUGGGUGAAAAACUCCGACGCAUCGACUAUAUCGGCACGGUCAUCUUCGUCGGCAGUCUAUCGUCGUUCUUAAUCCCGUUAACCUGGGGUGGAGUGUCAUACCCGUGGGACUCAUGGCGCACUCUCGUUCCAUUGAUUGUGGGCGCAGUGGGACUUGUGUUCUUCGCAUACUACGAGUAUCGCUUCGCAGCCGAUCCGAUUAUUCCACCGGUGAUAUUCCAGAAUCGCACGGCCACGGCUUCGUUUAUCGGUAGCGUGCUACAAGGUCUGAUUCUUUGGUGUUCGCUUUAUUACCUGCCACUAUACUACGAAGCCGUGAAAGAGUACAGCCCUAUUAUCUCUGGCGUUGCUCUUUUCCCGGAGACAUUCACCGUUGCACCCAGCGGGAUGAUCGCGGGUAUUCUCAUUAGCGUCACUGGGCAUUAUCGCUGGGCUGUUUGGCUCGGAUGGGUUCUUUCCACCAUCGGUUUUGGUUUGAUGUGUCUCAUCAAGACGACAACCAGUGUUCCAGGGUGGAUACUUCUUAACCUCGUGGGCGGCCUGGGGCUGGGUGUUCUUUUCCCUUCUCUGGGUUACGCGGUGCAGGCAUCAGCCAAGCCGGAGAAUCUCGCUAUUGCAGUCGCCAUGUUCAGUUUCUUCCGUGCUUUGGGACAGGCAAUUGGAGUUGCUGUCGGCGGCGUGGUCUUCCAGAACCAGAUGUACAAAAAUCUGCUCAAGUAUCCUGCGCUCGCCCCGAUGGCCAGUGCUUACAGUCAAGAUGCUGCCGGUCUGGUUCAGGUUAUCAAAGGCAUGGCUGAAGGCGCGGACAAAUUGAAUCUCAAGGAUGCGUACACGGACAGUUUACGCAUUGUGUGGGCGGUUUGUUGUGCAAUCUCCGGAGUGGCCAUGCUGGUCAGUUUGUUGACCGAGUCCUACGAUCUCGACCGAGCACUGGAAACCAACCAGGGCCUUCGUGGACUGGAUGAUCACGAGUCUACCGAGAAGGACCUGGAGGCAAAAGCUGAACGAGAUAUUGAAGCGACCACUCCCAUGGCAUGGUGA